AUGUUAAGAGAACAUUCUACAAAAUGGACAUUUACAAAUUCAGAUGAUCAAAAAGUUUAUAUACACAACUAUUUAGAUAGUUUAUUAGAUAGUGAUACAGAAGAAUACAAUAAAGAAACUUAUUAUGAAUCAGAUAAUGAAGAACCAAUUGAAAAUAAAGAUACAAAAUUUAUAGACUUAAUGUGUAUAAAAACGUAUGUAUUAAAAGCAAAAGAAAUUUUAUACGGAACACUAAAAGAAAAAGAAAAAUUAUAUUUAGAUAUAUGUAGACAAUGCAAACAUUUAUUUAAUAAUGAAAAAGAAUGCUUAAAUUUGAAACUUAUCAUAAAGGAAAAUCAUUCAGAGAUUAAAGUCCCUCAAUUAGGCCUUAAAUUUGAUAAAUGGAAUGGAAUAAAUCAGAUAAUGAUUAUUAAUUACCCAGUAACGUAUGUUUUUUCUAAGUUGCUAUCUUUUUUAAAUAAUGUAAAUGUAUAUGAUGAGAGACAAAUAAAUCAUUCUUGUGGUUCAUUAUUAACAAAAGUAUCAAUAGAAAUAAACAAACAUAUGAUGGGUUUAAAAGAAGAUUUUGGUAUUUUUAAUAGGGAUGUUUAUAAAUAUAUGAUUGAUUUUAGAUCCAUAUUUAUAACUAGUUAUGAAGAUAGUGAAAAUUUUUUCUGGAGAAGUUGUGAAAUUUUAAGAAAAACACUGUGUAAAAUCAAAACUUUAAAUAAUGAUUUAAUGAAAAUUUCUUCAAAAAAACUUUUAAACCCCCAAGCAUAUUCUAAAAAAGUAGAUGAAAACUUAAUUCAUUUGAUAUAUCCAAAAAGAGAAACAAAUUUGCAUAAUUAUAUCAAGCCAAUUUGUAAUUUUAUUUUUAUUGCUGGUAGUAUUGUUGAUGAAGUAGAUAGAAUUUAUAAUAAAGAAAUAAGUGUUGUUUCUUUAAAAAAAAGAGAUUACGUAGACUUAUUUUAUUUAAGAGAUACUAAUCAUGUAAAGAAUACUUGUUCUGUUUAUGUAAUGAUUUCUAUAUCUUGGUUUUUUAAUCAAAUAAAUUUGGAUAUUUAUAAUAAAAAUAGAAGCGUUAAAUCAUUAUUUCAUGAAAAAUUUUCCAUACAAAAUUUAAGAAACAUUGUUUAUUCAAUUUAUAAUUCUGUAAAUGAAACUAAGGGAGACAUUCUUGACAUAUGUCUAGAUAGUAUGGUUGAUAUAAUUCAUAUGAUGAAUUUAAUGAUAUUAUUUUAUUAUGAAAAGGAAAAUUUUCUUUCUAGAGAUAAUUUAACAUUUUCUAAAUUAAUUAAAUUUACUGAUUUAUAUAUAAUGCGCCAAAAAAUAACAGAUAUCAAUAAAGAUACUGAAGGUUUACGAUCAACAGAAUCUCAGAAAAAUCCUUUAUUCAACAUGACCAAUACUGAAAAUACUGUUUGUAUGAUGAAACACAUAUCCAAUAGAAUGAAUUUUUUUAUUUCAUUGCUUAAAAAAUCUUAUCUGAGAGAUCUAAUGUUUGAAAAUUAUGAAAAAUAUUUAAUGGAUAAUAUUUUUAUAGAUAAUGAACAGUUACAUUUUUGUACUUCAUCUGGGGAUUACUUAAUUCGUAACAUAUUUUUUAAUAAUGUAUAUCCAAUAAUUAGUGCUUAUAUUUAA